AUGGAAGAUAUGGUUAUGAUUAAAGGUGAAUUGUUUGAUGGAAUUGAUUAUAUUGGUGUGUUUGAUGGUCAUAAUGGAAAAGAUGCAGCCAAGAAAGCAAUGGAAACUUUUCAUAAAUUAUUAGAUGAAUAUUUAAUUAAAUCAGAUCAUUAUCUGGAACACUUAAAUCAUAUAUGUAAUGAAAUACAACAAUUAAUAUCAUUUACAACUGCAUCAGGAACAACUGCAUCAGUAAUUAUUAUAAGAGAAGAUGAUGUUAUAUUUUGUUAUAUUGGAGAUUCACCGAUUUAUAUAAAAUCAAAUGAACAAGUAAAGAAAAUAUCUAUUGACCAUAAUACAAGUAAUGAAGAAGAAGUAAAAAGAAUUCUUAAUUGUGGUGGGAGUGUUGUAGACAUAAAUGGAACAAAAAGAGUAAAUUCUAAGAUUGUACUUACUCGUUCACUUGGUGAUAAAUCACUUCAUCCUCCAUUAACAAAUGAACCAACAAUAAUCUCAAUUCCAUUAAAUGAAAUAGAUUCAAUUAUAGUCGCUUCUGAUGGAAUAUCAUCAAUACCGUUUGUUUUUUAUUUAAUCAAAAGAAUAAUUAUUUACUUUUAG